AUGGCGCCUCCUUCAGUUAAUAAUAAACAAAAACGGAAUAGACGUCGGAAGAAGAGAAGAACGGAAGAUUUUUCGUCGGACUCAGAUUCGGACUCGGACUCGAGUUCUUCUUCUGCUCCUUCAGACAAGGAAGAAGAAAAAGAGAAACCAACGGCAAAUAUCAAUAUCGACGACAUUGACAUCGAAUCGGACACGGAACAUGCCACAGAAAGAGCAAAUGAUGAGCCCCUCUCAGCAGAAACACAACAACAGCUAAAAAAGAUAAAGUUCACUAGCACUGCAAAUCAAUCCAUUGCAGAGGCAAAAGAAACAGUCAGAAAGGACAGACAGCAGUUAGAAAACGAAUUUUUGGCGCAUAUGGCGACUGGUUUUGCCAAUGAUUUGGAUGAGCUUCGGAAAAAGCCCGAUUUCAAUGAAAAGUCGAUCGUUAUUUUGGCCAAAACCCUCCAAUCUGGCAGCAACAUGUUUGAUGAAGAAACGUUGAACGCCUUAUUGAAAUAA